UAGGGCGUGCUUGUGGAAUACAGGGAACAAUUUCAGUGGAGUGAUUUAUACGAUUUACAGCGGUAGCACAGCAAAUCUCCUUAUAAAAGUAGCGGACGUACAGGUAUUGCUGAAAGGUAAUCGAAAACGGCAAGCAUUCCCAUUGGAUAUACGGCGGAACCCCGGCCGAAAUCGGAAUCAAUACCUAGGUACAAGAAAAUUAACUAGAACAUUUUCCGUUUCACCGCCUUCGGGCCUGUUCCGCCUGUACCGCCGUACCUUAGUGGAAAGUUUAUGUAUUCGCGCGGGCAACACGGGGAAUCCUAGAGCCCGGUCGAUUCCUCUUACCUAUACCCCCGAGAAUCCAACCCACGAUGUCGUCGCAACCCUCAGAUUCCCCAGCCCCCGAGGCUCCGGGUCUUCCAACAUCCUCUCAACCAUCCACAUCCUCCUCGACAAACCCCACACCCUCUACAUCCGCAUCACCAUCCCUCCCACGCCUCGUCCAAAACGACCCAGCGCGAACAGGUUUCGACCCGAAAACCGCAUGGUGGGUAAACUACUUCAAAAUCCUCUCCGGCGAAAUCACCCCCGAAGGACGCUUCCACUACCGCGAAUGGCGGUACCGAGAGCGCGAAGCAACCGACUGCGCGCGCUGCGAAAAGUACCGAGACUGGGCCUUCGCACACUCCCCCACCGUCCGUUUCAUGCGAGAAAAAAUCGCCGCUCUAAACGGCAAUCUCGAUGCCAACAAUGUAGUCUGCCGACGAUGUCCAGCUCGAUUAACCGAGGACGGACAAGUCCAUCGCGCUAGUGGGGGUUUCAGUCCCGAUCAUGGAAUAUUGGUUUGUGCGAAUGAGGUUAGGAAUCGGAAUCAUUUGGAGGAUACGUUGUCCCAUGAGAUGGUGCAUGCGUGGGAUCAUCUUAGGUGGAAGGUUGAUUGGGUCGGGGAUAAGGAUUUGAAGCAUGCGGCUUGUACUGAGAUCCGAGCGGCGAUGCUUAGCGGCGAGUGUCGAUGGACGAGAGAGACGAUGACGAGAGGGAAUUGGACAUUAACACAACAAUUCCAAGAAUGCGUACGACGGCGAGCUGUACAAUCUGUCCUGGCGCGACCGAGGUGUAAAGACGACGUACAAGCCGUCAGAGUGGUAAACCAAGUAUGGGACUCGUGUUUCUCGGAUACCCGACCGUUCGACGAAGUGUACAGAUAAAAAACGAGAUACGAGCCCCAUGUAUUAAUGACCUGUACAAUAUCACCAAUCCCCAAUACCAGGAGUUCGGAAAAGCUAGCAAUGGGAAGAAAAAUAAUGAAGGCAACGAAUAAGUGUAUAAAACGUAUUCUUAUUUGGAAUGGUACGCGGUAGCCGGUGACGCCUACGCCCCAUUGAUGCAAGUCCCCCCUAACCAGAUAUACCAAUAUCC